AACCCUGCACCCCUUCACAACUCCUCCUUCUCUUUCUCUCUCUAGAAAACCCCAGAGAGAGAACUCAAAAUAACAAGGGUAAAAAACCCCCUUUUCAUCAUAUCUCACUGUGAAACAACAUCAUCUUGUUUCUCUCUAUCCAAAAACCGAUAAAGAUUUCAAAGGAAAAAUGGCGCACACAGUGUUCCAGACUGCUCAAAUUAUGCCAAUCAAUACCCAUCUUGUACCCACCGUCAAAACCUUAUCAUCAGCGCCGUCGAAUCCUCUGUUACCGGUCUCUAAUUACCGGGUUCUUCCGUUGUCCCGGAAGGGUUUGAUAGUGAAGAAUUCUUCGGCUAUUGUUGAUGGAGAUGCUAUGGCGGGACUUGAACGUUGUUUCAGGAUGUCUCCGUCUUCAACACCGGAGUGCCCGCCGUCUUCCUCUUCGGCGCCGUCCCAUGGACCGGUUAUGAAGGGAGGACAAUACGGUGCGUUUGGUGGAGUGACUCUGGAGAAAUCUAAACUUGAUAUGACUCAGAAACAAACCAAGUCUAGUCCAGAGCUUGCAAUCGGAGGAGGUGGGGGCAAUAUCGGAAAGAGCAUCAAUUUUGGUGGUGGUGAUGGCGGUGAUGAUGAUGGUGAUGAUGAUGAUUACUUCGAUGAAUUUGAUGAUGGUGAUGAAGGGGAUGAAGGUGGACUCUUUAGGAGACGGAUUAUUUUCCCAGAGUUAUUUGAUCGGAAAUUUCUUGAAGCUGUAUUGAAUGAGUGGUCAAAGACGAUGAUGGAUUUGCCAUCUGGACUCCGGCAAGCCUAUGAAAUGGGUUUGGUGAGCUCAGCCCAAUUGGUAAGAUAUAUAGCAAUCAAUGCAAGGCCAACAACUGCAAGGUUUAUCUCGCGUUCGCUUCCUCAAUCGUUGUCUAGGGGAUUCAUUGGCAGAAUGAUUGCAGAUCCUGCAUUUUUAUAUCGAAUCCUCUUAGAACAAGCAGCAACAAUCGGUUCUUCCGUUUUAUACGAGGUGAAAAAUCGGAAAGAAAGGAUAAAGGAGGAAUGGGAUCUUGCUCUGAUUAAUGUGCUUACUGUAACCGCAUGCAAUGCGAUGGUUGUUUGGUCACUUGCUCCAUGUCGUUCAUAUGGAAACACUUUUCGGUUUGAUUUGCAAAACACUUUGCAGAAAUUACCAAAUAAUGUUUUUGAAAGAAGUUAUCCAAUGAGGGAAUUUGACAUGCAAAAAAGACUCCAUUCUUUCUUUUACAAGGCUGCAGAGUUGUGUAUGGUUGGCUUGACAGCUGGCGCACUCCAAGGUGGUUUGUCAAAUCUUGUUGCUUCCAAAAAAAAAGCAAGAUUAUCUUUGACAAUUCCAAGUGUGAGUACGAAUGCAUUAGGGUAUGGUGCGUUUCUUGGAGUUUAUGCAAACUUGCGUUAUCAGCUUCUAAGUGGAUUUGAUAGAGCCAUGGUCACUCAGUUUGAUGUCAUUGGAGUUGGAUUGUUUUUUAGCACAGCCUUAAGAAUCAUGAAUGCACAAUUAGGAGAGACAUCAAGGCUAGCAUGGCUAGGGGUGGAGGUGGACCCACUAGCCCAUUCAGACGACUUGCUCAAACAAGCUUACAACAGACCAUCUGAAUCCAACAACACUUCUUCACCAAAAUGGUUCUUAUCCAAAAACGCAGUCACUUCAGGGCUCGGACUUCUAGGGUUCAACCAGGGUCAAAGUCAAACCUCCGGUGAGGGUGAGGCGGCACCACCACCACCUAAGGCCAGGAGAAAGAGAAUUGUGAGGAAAAAGGUGACGACUUGAGUUGGAUGGGUGGUUGAGUUUGGUGAUCAAUUUUGUAGGGUGACAUGGCUUGGCUGACUUAUGAUGAUGAUCCAGCUGGCAAAAAUGAAGGUUUUCUUUUGACAUUGACAUGAUGAUGAUGAUGAGAAUUGAUAAAGAAGAAACUGGAAUUAUUUAUGAUUGAUAUGCUUCUUGUUAUUACUUACACCAGUAAAGAUUUUAUGGAAUUUUGUGCACCCUGUUCCUCUCCUCAUUUAUGGCUUUUUUACUUUUGGGAGUUUUCUGUAAACUCAAAACUCAAGUUGUGAGUGUUAAUUGUUAAACAAAUAAGAGAUUUCUCGUAGGAAAGAAAAGAAACCACCCUUUUAGUCCA